CGUGCAGUCCUGCUUACCCACUGCCUGCAAUAUGGCACAGGCAGACAACAAGGUGCUGGUUCUGGGAGCAUUGGCGGGGGUGGCUGGCAUCAGUUUGGCUGCGGUCUGGUACCAGGGCCUCAGGUCCAGACGAAGAAGCUCCUGGCCCGCUGCAUACUUCAACAGUAGUAAUGAGCGGAGUGCUGGGAUGAUGAUGGUGAACAGUCCAGUAUUACCCAACGGCCAAGCUGAGGUGCUUGAGCGGCUUGAAACCUUGAUGCAAUGUGUAUCAGAACUGAAGGACGAGAUGAAGGCUUUGAAGAAUGCAAUGCCGCUGUUCCAAGACCAAGUGAGGGAAGAGCUGAAAGGACAUGGCGGGGCUCAUGGAGCAGUCAGUGCACAUAAAGCCAGCGCCCUCCACAGGGCCACACCCACACGUAGAAAAAAGGCUGCUGGCGCUGGGACCAGAGCAGAGGCUCAAAGCUCAGAGGACGCAGAGAGUGAGGGAGGGUACAUGACCGCACUGACAGACUCUGAGGAAGAGGAGCCAAGUGAUUUUGGUCAGAGCGGCAAGGAAGAGAUUGUGGACAAACUAUUAGUCUUUCUGGAUAGGAUUGACAUUUUACAUCAGGGCACUGAAUCUGACAAGCGAGAGAGUCUCAACACCCUGCUGAAGGAGAAAGAGGAAUUUGGACAGAAUUCACAGUUUCUUUGGCGAUUAACCCGAGCCUACUGUGAUGUUCAUGACAUCAGCUCCAGCCUGGAAGAAAAGAAGACCCAUGCAGAGGCUGGGAAGAACAUCGGCGAGGAGGCUGUGCGGCUGAAUCCUUCAUGCGCUGAAAGUCAUCAGUGGUACGCCAUCAUGUGCGGCAUCAUGGCAGAGUACGACACGGUCCAGAACAGGAUAAAGAACGGGUACAUCUUCAAGGAUCACCUGGAUAAAGCCAUCGAGCUGAAGCCGCAGGACCCCAUGUCCUACUAUCUCCUGGGCCGGUGGUGCUACGCGGUGGCUCAGUUAUCGUGGAUCGAGAGGAAAGUUGCCGCCACGUUGUUUGGAGAGCCUCCGAGUGCCACAGUCCAAGAUGCGCUCAAGAAUUUUCUGAAGGUGGAGGAGCUCCAUCCUAAAUAUUCCAAACUCAACUAUGUGUUUUUGGCCAAGUGCUACCGAGACCUGGGGCAGAAAUGUGAGGCUAGAAACAUGUGUGAGGCUGCUUGCUCAAUGGACACCGUCUCUAAAGAGGAUAAAGAAGCACAGAAGGAGCUGGACUCACUUUGGUCGUCUCUUGGAGUUUGAUGACACACCGCAAUGUUGCAGUCCUUUGGAAACCAUUAUUUCCCAUGUGCUAGCAAGGGAGCCAUCUGCUGUCAUCAUCAACACUGUAACUGUAACCAUUGUGGGCUGUGUGUGUGUGUGUGUGUGUGUGUGUGUGUGUGUGUGUGUGUGUGUGUGUGUGUGUGUGCGCGCGCCCAUGUGCGUGUGUGUGUCACUUUAAGAGUCCUUCGUGUUAAUUCACUCUGUGAGUGGAGGGGUGUGGACUGCAUCCAGAGAUCAUUAGACUGUCUUCUCUGUGGGGAUACAGACAUGUCAUUUUGUCAUAAUUUAAACAGAAAUCACUGCUUUAUAUGCUCAUCGCUGGCAGCUAGACUGCCAGUCAGCCGUCCUCUACCGUCUUUCAGCUGCCACAGAUUGAAUUUUCUCAGAUUUGAGCACAGAAACAAACCUGCUGUAUGAGGUCUCAUCUCAUUGGUUAAAGAAAUGGUUUUCACCCAUCUGCGUAGCUCUCGCAGAUAUCUAUCACAUCCAAACCUGACGGGUGGGUUCAGAAUAUUGUCGCUCAAGGAAGAUUAUAAAUGUUGCACAGAAUUUGGGUUAAUCGAUCAUAAUUGAUGUUAAAAUAAAAAAGUGUACUAUCCUUUCUUAUCCAGUUACCUUCCUUGGAACGUUUCAUUGCACCAAGAAGGAGAAAAGGCACCGGCGUCUCAGUAAAGAUACCAUCGGGUUUCCUUGAUGACAGAGAGCUGUCAGACAAUUUGGGAAAGUGAUCCGUAGAGCUUGUUGUUUCUGCUUUGUCCUGCUUUUGUUUCAUAUCCCGCCACACAUUCACUGAGCAGAAAAAAAAAAAACACCUAACAAUAGACCGCCCAAACAAAAUGUCACGCUGUGACCAGUGUUUGACCUUUUGCCAUCUUCUUCGCCACAAUUCAAGCCAGUGUGUUUGCUCAAUGGCUUUAUUUACAUGCACACAAUCAUGCAAUUAUUUCCCCGUCAUUGAUUGUGAAGGCGAUCUGAUUAAGAUGUUGACGUGCACGCCAGCACAGUGUUUUGUUAAUGUGUUCCCAUGUCCAUGCAGUCUUGCAUACGAGGAUUAUUCAUUAACCCCUGAUGACUUAUCGCUCCAGUGGCAUUUAUUUUGCCUCUGUGUAACUCUUGUGUGAUUUAUCAAAUGCUACAAAUUGUAGAUAGUAGCCGACAUGGAAAGCUAUGGAAUAAUGGGUGAAUGUUGCAGAUUGUGAAUACCGUCCAGGCGGCCUUCAAAUGAUUUGAAUGUUAUCUCAGUAGCCCACAUUUUAUUAUUAAUACUCUAAAUAUGGCCAUUACUUAAGUAAAACAGCAAGAUCCAUGUUAUUACAUAGUCAAAUUCACACGACAAAAGUAUUGAUAUGCAUGUAAAUAUUGUCAUUGAAAGAGAAAGGUAAACCCAGCCCUAAACGCUACACUGUAAAAAAUAAUCUGCUGGUU